AGUUACUGGCAAAACAAUAACCAUUACAAAAUUUGUGCUCGGAACAAUGUACAGGUUAUUAACAGAUGGUAGAAGGUGGGUGUUGUCCAGUCGGUGACUCUGACCAUCCAUCUCCAUUAUGGUGCUGUGCAGCAGCGUGCUGGCUGUGGCAUUCCUCCUGUCUCAGGCUGGGGGGUUCCUGCAGUCUUUGGAAGAGGACGCCCUUCCUACGGAGUGGGUGCUGCUCCACGUGGUGCAGGGCCACAUCGGGUCGGGCAAUUACAGCUACCUGCGGCUCAACCACGAUGGCAAGAUCAUCCUGCACAUGCGCAGCCUCAAGGGUGAUGCAGACCUGUACGUCUCUGACAAAACUCUGCGGCCCAGCUUCGACACCUACAAGCUGCAGUCGGUCACCUGUGGCCAGGACGUGGUCGUAGUGCCAGGAGACUUUGUGAGGCCCGUCGCACCAAGAGAGCGAGUUUGAGAUGAGGGUGUUUUACGAUCAGACUUCCCUCCAGGACCCGUUCGAUAAAAGGUCGUACCCCUCGGAGGAGGACCGGGGGAAGCAGAGAUACUCAGCUCCAGAGGAUGACUUCCAGGAAGAGGAGUCCAUCUUCUGGACUAUUUUAAUUGGGAUUCUGAAGAUUAUACUUGAAAUUUUGUUCUAAUAAAUGUGUGCUGCUGCUCUCUGCCAUGUGCAUUUAGAAUGAGGACACUUGUGGUGUAGGCAAGCUGAGCGCAUGAUGUUAAUCUAUCUGAGCCCGGUUUCCCAAAAACAUUUUAAGGCUAAGUUCAUCUUAGACCCAUAGGAUGCUUUUAGGAAACCUGGCAUUGGUGAUCUGAACAUUGGACUGAAAUUAACCUGAGGGGAAGAAGUGGAAAAUCAAAGGGAAUAUUUUUUUUCUUCCCGUAAUUCAAUUGAUUAAUGACAAAGGCAAUGCCGCUGUUGCUUGUCAAUCAACCUCUUGGCUGAGGCUUACCUCUGUGAAAAAAAUUAUUGAAUCAAACCACUAGUAUUUGCAUAUCUAUAUCAAUUAUGCCAUCUGAUUAAAUGAUUGGGUUAUGGUGAAUGACC